AGAAUCCAGAGACGGAAAGGGCUGAAGGCCGCAGUACUUGACCCUGUAUUUUGGGAGUCGAACGGAGUAAGUUACAAGCGGCCUAUAGGGUCGCACAAGUUGGGCGAAGUCUAAUUAACCCUCCGUCCUUUUUCCUGCGGUCCACUCUAUCAUCUAUCGUCCUUCUUACCCCGCCUCCCCUCCUGACACCCAUCAGUUCCUUGGCCUAGUUAUCUAUGCGCACGCGCAAAAGUCUUCCGGCAGCACUUGUAGUUCCCGUUUUCAGAGUAGGGGCGCCUAGGGGCCCGGCGUGGAGAGGUUUGGGGCGCGCCCAGCCUAUGACGGCGUCCUUGCGGAAGUACGGGUGCCGAGAGAAGCAGUAGUCAGUAAAGAGAGUGCCGUAUUUCGCAGAUUGGAGCUGAGCUGUGGCCGCCAGAGGAUAGCGAACGUUAUCUAUGUCUUUCGUGGUCUUUGAACUGUUUUUCAACCGUGUAACUCGCUGCAGCAACAAGGAAAUUAGUCAAGCACCACAUACCGACAGACCGCAUGUAUGACAGUGGUCCCAUAAGAUUAUAGGACACUGAGAAGUACAGACUUUGAAGAUCAAGACUAAUGAAAGUAUUGUAACUUCCUGAUUUUCUGCAGUCAAUAUAUAGAGAAGCUAAAUUAUAUCAUAUCUUAUGUUCCUUGCUGUUUAAAUCGAAGGAUAAUCUGGCCCUGCGUUUUAAAAGGUACAAAGAAACUAAAGCUAUGAUCCCUAACAUAGGAGGAAUGGAAACUGAAAGUGGAAAUCAGGAAAAGGUAAUGGAAGAAGAAAGCACUGAAAAGAAAAAAGAAGUUGAAAAAAAGAAACGGUCACGAGUUAAACAGGUGCUUGCAGAUAUUGCUAAGCAAGUGGACUUCUGGUUUGGGGAUGCAAAUCUUCACAAGGAUAGAUUUCUUCGAGAACAGAUAGAAAAAUCUAGAGAUGGAUAUGUUGAUAUAUCACUACUUGUGUCUUUUAACAAAAUGAAAAAAUUGACUACUGAUGGGAAGUUAAUUGCCAGAGCUUUGAGAAGUUCAGCUGUUGUAGAGCUUGAUUUGGAAGGCACCAGAAUCCGGAGGAAAAAACCUCUGGGGGAAAGACCAAAGGAUGAGGAUGAACGCACAGUGUAUGUGGAGUUACUUCCCAAAAAUGUUAAUCACAGCUGGAUUGAAAGAGUCUUUGGGAAAUGUGGCAAUGUUGUUUAUAUAAGUAUACCACAUUAUAAGUCUACUGGAGAUCCAAAGGGAUUUGCGUUUGUGGAAUUUGAAACAAAAGAACAAGCAGCAAAAGCAAUUGAGUUUCUUAACAACCCACCAGAAGAAGCACCAAGAAAACCUGGCAUAUUUCCUAAAACAGUGAAAAAUAAGCCCAUUCCAGCCUUAAGAGUUGUGGAAGAGAAGAAAAAGAAAAAGAAGAAGAAAGGCCGAACGAAAAAGGAAGACAAUAUCCAAGCCAAAGAAGAAAACAUGGACACAAGCAACACCAGCGUCAGUAAAAUGAAAAGAUCCAGACCCACAUCUGAGGGCUCUGACAUUGAGUCUACUGAACCCCAAAAGCAGUCCUCAAAGAAAAAGAAAAAACGGGACAGAGUUGAAGCAUCUAGCUUACCUGAAGUCAGAACAGGGAAGAGGAAGAGAAGCAGCUCUGAAGAUGCAGAAUCCCUAGCUCCCCGAUCAAAAGUAAAGAAAAUUAUUCAGAAAGACAUCAUUAAGGAAGCAUCAGAAGCUUCCAAGGAAAAUAGAGAUAUAGAAAUCUCUACUGAAGAGGAAAAGGAUACUGGAGAUCUAAAAGAUAGCUCUCUCUUGAAAACAAAAAGGAAACAUAAGAAAAAACAUAAAGAGAGACAUAAAAUGGGAGAAGAAGUUAUACCAUUAAGAGUACUAUCAAAGAGCGAAUGGAUGGAUUUGAAAAAAGAGUAUUUAGCGCUACAAAAAGCUAGCAUGGCUUCUUUAAAAAAAACAAUAUCCCAAAUAAAAUCAGAGUCAGAAAUGGAAACAGACAGUGGAGUACCUCAAAACACUGGAAUGAAAAAUGAAAAAACAGCCGACAGGGAAGAGUGUCACACCCAGGAGAAAGUUAAUGCAACAGGACCACAGUUCGUGAGUGGAGUGAUUGUGAAGAUCAUUAGCACAGAGCCUCUACCUGGCAGGAAACAAGUCCGGGAUACUUUGGCAGCAAUCUCAGAAGUUCUUUAUAUUGAUUUGCUAGAAGGGGAUACAGAAUGCCAUGCUAGAUUUAAAACUCCUGAGGAUGCUCAAGCAGUAAUAAAUGCAUAUACAGAAAUUAAUAAGAAACACUGCUGGAAACUCGAGAUCCUUUCUGGUGAUCACGAACAAAGGUAUUGGCAGAAGAUUUUGGUUGAUAGACAGGCAAAACUUAAUCAGCCUCGGGAAAAGAAAAGAGGCACUGAAAAGUUAAUCACCAAAGCUGAAAAGAUUAGACUGGCAAAGACUCAACAAGCGAGUAAACACAUAAGAUUUUCUGAAUAUGAUUGAAAAAAAAAAAAGUUCACCUCUUAAUACUUCACAAGAUACUUGAGCUGUUCUUGGGAUAUUCACUUUUAUUAUUCACUGCAUAAUUAAUGUGUUUUUAAUUAAAAGAAAUAUCUUUGUUCCUCAACUUGUAAAUAAGACUUUUUUCUAGAGACAAAUACGAUGUAUACCACAAUUUUUUUCUUAAACAUUUGUUGAAAUUAUCUUAGAUGUCAAUGUCAGGUGAUUUAGUAAAUAAAUGUGUUUUGAACAUUA